GUGGUUGUCCGUUUCCUGCUUUGAGCUGAUGUGUGCACAGAACAGAGAAGAGAAACUUCCUUUCUGACAGUGCAUUGUGAGGACAUUUUUGUUUGUUUUUUAAAUUUAUUUCUAUCAAAUGCAGGAGAUAUUAAUUUCAAAUAAAUUGGAGCAUUUGUGAGAAGGACAAUGAGCCGUGGAAAAAAUAAAACGGAGAGCGUCCCCAGCUCCCUGCUGAGCCAACAGGAGAACGAGAAGCUGGAGGAGCUCCUGGGCAGAAGGUGUGCUUCGAUGGCUACAGCAGUGGCCCAGUUGUUCAUGGCUCUGCCUAACAGCCCAGCCAUGUGGAGUCUGCAGCACACUGGAGUGGUCUGCUUCGUCAAAGACAACCCUCAGCGCUCCUACUUCAUACGCAUGUUUGACCUGAAGGCUGGUAGGCAAAUUUGGGAGCAAGAGCUCUACAACCAGCUUAUUUACUCGACGCCGCUGCCGUACUUUCAUACUUUUCCUGCAGAUGACUGUCAGGUUGGGCUGAACUUUACGGACCAACAGGAAGCGGAUGCCUUCCAGAGCACCAUCAUGGAGAAAAUCAACCAAAGACACAACCGACAAGAGAAGAAACAGCGCCCCCCACCGAAGAAUGCAGACAGAGGAUCCCUCCCUCCUGUUCCGCCUGCAGCGUCUCCCAGCCCUGCAUCUUUCCACAUGGCCACAGUGGACAUCCAGAACCCGGACAUCCAGUCUUCGCGCUACCGCUCCAUGCCUUCUCCCGCCAUUCCCACAGCUGUCUCCAACAAAGGAAAAAAGAGCAAAAAGGACAAGAAAAAAGGCGGGAGGAUCUCCAAGGCGGACAUAGGAGCACCAAGUGGAUUUAAGCAUGUAUCGCAUGUAGGAUGGGACCCCAACAACCUCGACCCAGAUCUGUCGAAGCUGUUAUCCCAGGCGGGCAUUUCUAUGUCUGAUCUGAAGGAUGAACAGACGUCCCAGUUGAUCUAUAACGUCAUACAGGAGUCAGGAGGCAUGGAGGCCGUGAAAAGGGAGGUGAACCGAGGUGAUCUUCCUCCUCCUCCUCCUUCCAGCCGACAGGGGCCCCUGCCUCCUGUGCCGGGCCCCGGCCCCCCGGCUCCUCCUCCCUCACGAGGUCGCUCUGGCCCCCUGCCUCCCAUCCCGGGCCAGGCGCAGCGCGGAGCUCCUCCCCCUCAGCCGCCUCCAUCCCGCGGCAGCCUGCCACCUCCUCCUCCAUCAAGCAGAGGAGGCCCACCUCCACCGCCUCCACCUGCCCACUCUUCAGCCCCUCCGCCUCCUCCGUCUUCAAGGGCCUCCCACAGCAUGCCACCUCCUCCACCGCCAUCCAACCAACCUCGCUCUAUGGGUGUCCCUCCACCUCCUGUCCCAUCUACACCCAGCAGGGGUGGUGGGGGAGGAGCACCACCUCCUCCUCCUCCUCCUCCUCCGCCUCCGCCUCUUCACACUUCUGCUCCUUCAGAUUUCCCUCCUCCUCCAAAGAUUGGUGGCGCGCCUCCACCACCUGCUCCUUCAUCAUCCGGAGGAGGAGACGGCAGAGGCGCCCUGCUCGAUCAGAUCCGACUCGGAAAGAGUCUCAAAAAAGUAACAGAAAGCUCUGAGCCGCCGCCACCUUCAACGCCAGAGGGAGGAGAGGGCAUUGUUGGUGCCCUCAUGAUGGUCAUGCAGAAGAGGAGUAAAGUCAUCCACUCUUCUGAUGAAAGUGAAGACGAUACAGGAUAUGACGAUGAGGACGACGACGAAUGGGACGACUGAUUACACACCGACUGCUGCGGAUUCUGAAUUUAUUAGAUAUUAGUUUUAAGCUCAAUAACUGUUACAUGUGACGUUACAAACUGGAAAACGACUCGUAUUUAUGGGAAAAUUGUUUUUGCAUUUGUGCUGGAGUUAAUAAAAACAAACGUUUUUAUUAACUGAACGUUUCUUAUUUAGAAUUAUGUGAAGAAAUUACUAGUGAUGGAUACGGAUCCGCCUCCUGAUUAUCUUCUGUAGAAAACCCGACCUUGAAUGAGGUCACAUUCAUUUAUGGAGGCAAAAUAAAAACCUAAAUCUAAAGGUAAUAAAUUGUUGAAGCGUCAAGAGUUCUUUAGAAAAUUAAAGUUUAAGAAAAGGCGAACUUGCAUUAUUAUGUCAUUAUGAAAAUAUGACUUGAAAAUGGUCUCAGAACAAUAUUAUCGUUUAUCCCAAUAAUUACUGAGACAAUUUAUCUUCGUUAACAAUGUCCAACAUAUCACCAAGACUUUAAAACAAUCACUAGAUGCUUUCAUGGCAAAUAAACCGUUUCUCAUCUAUCAACACAAAUAUAAAUAUGCAGCAAUGUUCAUAUCUGUAAAAAACAAGUAAAAAUGUUACAAUUCUGACAUUGUAGUCAGAAUUCUAAGAAAAAAUUCAGAAUUCUGACUUUUCUCAAAAUUCUGAAAUUAAAGUUAAAACAAGGAUUCUAAAAAAAAAAAAUCAGAAUUCUGACUUCUCAAUUCUCAGAAUUCUGAGAUUAAAGUUGAAGUCAGAAUUCUGACUUUUUAAACUCGGAAUUCUGAAAUUAAAGUCAAAAUUCUGAGCUUCAAGUCAGAAUUUUGUGACUUUUUUUCUCAAAGGUUUGAGUUUAAAGUAAGAAUUCUGAAAUUAAAGUCCGAAUUCUGACUUUUUUCUGAAUUCUCAGAAUUCUGAGAUUAAAGUCAGAAUUUUAAUAAAGUUAGAAUUCUGAGAAUUUUGAGAUUAUAGUCAGAAUUCAGAGUUUAAAGAAAGAAUUCUGAAAUUCAAGUCAGAACUCUUUUUUUUGUUUGUUUUUUUAGCGGGCCUAAUCCAUUUCUGUAUAUUGGUACUUGGUCUCCUUGGUGAAAAUUUCUAGAUACAGUGUAGGGUGACAGAAUAACAAGCAAUAUUGCAACGAGGCAGGUUCGCUCCCAUUUUUAUCGCAUACUGUACAU